CCGAGUAGCAAGCAAAAACCGCGAUCCGCAGUUCGAAAGCCGGUGUCAUUUCAUCGGUUAAGUGAUAUGUUUUUGGCAAAGUUGAUCCUUUUUUCGGUGCUGCAGGUGCUAUCCUGCCACGCCGAGUAUUACAGUUCCACCUCGGGUCUGGAAAAGUUAUUCGAAACGGAGGUCGUACUCCUGGCAGAACUGCAAAAUUAUGUAAAUGAAAUUAACCAACAUGCUGAGGCACUACAGAGUGAGAUCGACGCCAUCCGCUUGGAACACCUGAAUGCCGCCGAUGGAAUCGAUGACUACCUCAACAAUCCGGUGAACGCAUUCCGGCUGAUUAAACGCCUUCACAGCGAUUGGGAGACCUUUGAGGGCAGUGUUUUGGCGGAUUCGAGUCGCUUAAACUUUCUCGAGAUGAUGGCCAGGCACAAGGAGAAUCUGAGCUUUCCUUCGCAGGACGAUUUCGUGGGUUCGGCAAUAGCUCUUACUCGUCUUCAGCAGACUUAUCAACUAGAUGUGGCCGAAUUGGCCAGUGGAAUCCUUAAUGGCGUUAAAUAUGGCACGGCCAUGUCCUGGCAGGAUUGCUUUGUGCUCGGCCAGCACCUGUACGCCCUGAGGGACUACAACCACACGGUUCCGUGGCUGCAGCAGUCGAUGCAGCUGCUCGUGGAGCAGUCCUACGGCUCGGAGUCCGCCUCCCUGGACUUCAUGGAGGCGGUAGUGGAGUACCACCGGGAGAUGGGUGCCCACGAGAGUGCCUUGAGCCUGGUGAACCACGUGCUGUCCGUCGAGCCGGAGCAGAGGAGUCACCUCCUGGAGGCUCGCCAGCACCUGGAGGAGUUGAUCACGGAUGGGGACAAGAACGGGCUGCUCCACAUGACGGCCCGGAGGCCGGGGGACUACCAUGAGUCCCGGGAGUUCCGGAUGUACGAGCAGGUGUGUCGUGGGGAGCUGACUCCACCUCCCUCGCAGCAGCGGAGUCUCAGGUGUCGCCUGAGGAAAAGUCGCUUGGGAUACGCCCCCUUCAAGUUGGAGGAGCUGCACCUCGAUCCCCUGGUGGUGCAGCUGCACCAGGUGGUUAGCCCUAGGGAUGCGGAGUUCCUGCAGAGGACUGCCCGACCCAGGAUAAAAAGAUCCACUGUGUACUCCCUGGGAGGAAGUGGAGGAUCCACGGCAGCCGCCUUUCGCACCAGUCAAGGUGCCUCGUUCAACUACUCCCGUAAUGCGGUGACCAAGCUUCUUAGCCAGCACAUGGCCGACUUUUCCGGCCUGGAUAUGGAUUACGCCGAGGAUCUUCAGGUGGCCAACUAUGGCAUCGGUGGGCACUACGAGCCCCACUGGGACAGCUUCCCCGAAAAUCACGUUUACCAGGAGGGCGACUGGCAUGGCAACCGCAUCGCCACGGGCAUAUAUUACCUCUCCGAUGUGGAAGCCGGUGGAGGAACCGCCUUUCCCUUUCUGCCCCUCCUGGUGACCCCGGAAUUGGGCAGCCUGCUCUUCUGGUACAAUCUUCAUCCUUCUGGAGACCAGGACUUUCGAACCAAACACGCCGCUUGUCCAGUUCUUCAGGGCAGCAAGUGGAUUGCCAAUGUGUGGGUUCGAGAACGCCAUCAGGAUAAAGUAAGACCCUGCGAUCUUCAGAGGAACCAGGAAAUCUCAUUGCGUUACAGGGACUUUGACUGAUUUCAAUUUGUAUAAGAAAACCUCUCAUUAAAGUUAGAUAUUUAUUUAUUAAA